AUGGCAUCUAAAUCAGCCAGUAAUAACUCCUCUUCCAAUAAAAAGAAAUCCACAUCUUCAUCAAAUGUAGAUAAAUUCAAAUGCCCAGAAGAAUUCAUAACUAGACCAACUAAGACUGAACAACAACAUCAAGAAAUUGAACCAACAAUAUUAAGCAAUAUAUAUUUGCAUCCAAAAACCAUCAAAGCAUUGGAGUUAUCAAUUAAUUCAAUAUGUUGUAUCACAAAAGUUGGAGCAUUGGGUGGUGGUAUUGCUGGUAUUGUUAGCCCACUAUGUAAUAAGGACGAGGAAGAUAUUGACUACACGAAUAUUAUUGGAAUUCCUAAGCCUUUAAGAUCGGUUAGCAAUUUAUUAUUAGGUGAUAGAGUUAAGGUCACCAAAUUAAGUCAGCAGCCUCUAUACUGCGAGAGUGUUACAGUGGCUAUUUUAAACAACAUUAACGAUGCGACUGCUGAAACACAUAUAAGAAACUACCUGAAUAAAGUUGGACUUGUGAUGCCGGGUAUGUGUUUUAAUACUGAUAACAUAAACUUUAUAAUUACAGAUCUCAACAAUAGUACCAACGACUCUGACCUAACAAGUAAAAUAUCCAAUUUAUCAUUAGAAAAUGCGAAUAAUAAAUCGUUUGUUGAUUAUUUACCAUUUUUAGCACCACCUGGUAUAGUAAACCCCAAAAAGAAAACGACAAUUAUAGUGGAGCCACAUGUUCAUAACGACAAGCAUGAUACCAAAUAUAAUUUGCCGCAACCUUUAACUUACUCCAACGUUGGUGGGUUAUCCAAAGAAAUAGAAGUGCUAAGGAAUUGUAUUAAUUUGCCAUUAACUAAACCCGAAAUAUUCCAAGAGUUUGGUGUUUCGGCGCCAAGAGGUGUAUUGUUGCACGGUCCGCCAGGCACUGGUAAAACGAUGCUAUUAAGAUGUGUUGCUAAUGAAGUUGAUGCACAUGUUUUAACAAUUAACGGGCCUAGCAUAGUUUCCAAAUAUUUAGGUGGCACUGAAUCUAAGCUACGUGAAAUAUUUGAAGAAGCUAGAAAAUUCCAACCUUCUAUAAUUUUCAUUGAUGAAAUUGAUUCAAUUGCGCCGCAACGGAAUAACGAUGAAAGUGGAGAAUCAGAAAGUAGAGUAGUUGCGUCGCUAUUGACUUUAAUGGAUGGGUUUUCAGGGGGCAGCGGUAGUACAAUGGACAAAUUGGUUGUGGUUGGUGCAACUAAUAGACCCAAUUGUAUAGACUCUGCUUUGAGGAGACCAGGUAGAUUUGACCAAGAAGUGGAAAUAGGUAUACCUGACGUUGAUUCCAGAUACGACAUUUUACUAAAACAGUUUGAUAAAAUGACACCGGAGAAAAAAGUAGAUAUUACCGAUGAAGUUAUAUAUGAUAUAGCUAGUAAAACCCAUGGAUAUGUAGGUGCAGAUUUAAUUGCUUUAUGUAGGGAAUCUGUGAUGAAAGCUAUUCAAAGGACCAAGAGCGAUGGAACAGACAACACGACCACAUUAUCUAUCAGAGAUAUAGAGGAUGCUUUAUUGGAAAUCAGACCAUCUGCCAUGAGAGAAAUUUUUUUAGAGACACCAAAAGUUUAUUGGUCAGAUAUUGGUGGUCAGGAAUAUUUAAAAACAAAAUUACAGGAAAUGAUUGAAUUGCCAUUAAAAUAUUCAGACGUUUUCAAUAAAAUAGGUGUUAAAGCGCCACGUGGUGUUUUAUUAUAUGGUCCUCCAGGAUGUUCUAAAACAUUAACAGCCAAAGCUUUGGCGACGGAGAGUGGUAUUAAUUUCUUGGCAGUCAAAGGACCCGAAGUAUUCAAUAAGUAUGUUGGUGAAAGUGAAAAGGCUAUUAGAGAAAUAUUUAGAAAGGCAAGAGCAGCAUCUCCAAGUAUUAUAUUUUUUGAUGAAAUUGAUGCACUUUCACCAAAUAGAAUGGAUGACACUGGAUCUGCCACUGCGAAUCAUGUUCUAACAUCAUUAUUGAAUGAAAUCGAUGGUAUCGAAGAAUUGAAUGGUGUAGUUAUAGUUGCAGCUACUAAUAAACCGGAUCAAAUAGACCCAGCCUUGUUAAGACCGGGCAGAUUGGACAGACACAUAUACGUAGGUCCGCCAGAUUAUGAUGCAAGGCUUCAGAUUAUUAAAAAUAACAUAAAGAAAUUUCAAAUGGAGAAUGAAGAUGUAGUUGCGAGGUUAAGUGACUUGACAGAAGGGUGUUCGGGAGCUGAAAUUGUGUUGAUGUGCCAAGAGGCUGGUCUUGCUGCUAUUAUGGAGAAUUUAGAGAAUACAGAAAGAGUUGAAUGGAAACAUUUUGAAAAAGCAUUGGAUAACAUGGAGAGAGGCAUAACAAAGGAAAUGCUAGACUAUUAUAAAGAAUUUUCUAAAUAG